CCAAUCCAAUGCCAACUGUACUUGGUCAGUCGCCACAAACGUGUGAUAACGUGUUAGUGAAAGGCAAAAUGGCCAAUAUACUACAAUUAAUGUCCUAUGUGGCGAAGGGCGUCAACAUGAUCACGGGAAUCCAGGGCAUCCAGAGAGAAGCUGCGAGAGACAACACACAUAUGGAUGAGGUAAUGGAGAUCAUCCGGAAACAACAAAAUAACAUGGAACAGCUAGUACACGACAAGCAGCAACAGGAGCAGGUGAUUGAGAGGCUUCUGACACUAUUAGAAAAGAUGAAUGAAAAUAUAGGUGGAUCGUCAGCAAUGAAUUCAAACAGCAUGCGAAAUAUGUCUCUAGUUAUGAACUUUCCUGAGAAUUCGCAGGACUGCAGUGCAAUCGUCCAGUCUCUCUAUUGGACUCUUCGAAACGCCAUGAACCAUUCUCAAAGGAGUGCCGUGGGAGGGGAUCCCGGAAUGCCUCUGUUGCAGCUGCCUAAUGGUGAAGACAUGACACGCUCGGAUUCGUUUGUUCAGGAUUCGUCCCGCAGUUUCGAACAGAGUUCGGAAGCCGACAGCCCGACAGCACCGCCCUUCGAAGCCAGUGCAGAUUGGGACGCUGAUGACGCAUUUUGCAGAAAGGCCUCUAUCUCCUCGAUAUUUCAAUGUGACCGUUGCAACAAUAUGUUUGAUAAGAUGAAACGUCAGCCGAUAGUCUUGUCCGGAUGUGGCCAUACUUACUGCAGGAUUUGCAUAUGGGAGGAGAGGAGCCAUGAUCGCUUCAUGUGCCCCAAGUGUAAUAUUAUAUCACGUGACCUCGAGGAAUUGCCCAUCAACCGGACCCUCUACCAGUUACUGGAUGAGGAAGGCCGAGGAGAGGCCCAGGGCCCCGUCCCCGCAGGAAGCCGAGACUCGUUCGCUGUCGGUCCUCCAGCUGAGGAGGAGAAGGAGCGCAAGGCGAUGCUGGAGCAGCUCAGGAGGAUCAGGGGCGGCGAGAGCGGAGGCGAGGAGAUGCCCGAUGGAGCGGUUGGCGUCGAAGGGCUGUCUCUCAAGACCCUCAGCGUGAGUGACGAUGAAGGUGGGGCUUGCGGCUUCAGCGAUGACUUCUAUACAGAUGGGAGCAAAGAAUGGACGAGGAAGAAACUGGAGGCAGAAGAGGAAAGGGACGAAGAGGAGCAAGAGAACAAACGUCAAAGGAGAUUGAGGAAAAGGAUGAUUAAAAUUCAGAGAUUAGAACAGGAGCAGUUAGAGCUGGCUAUAGCGCUCUCAGAAUCGCUCCAGGAAGCCCAGGCUACAGAGAAAGAAUCCUGAAUUUAUAGAGUUGGCACUGUUUCCUUGACAUGACUGGCCCAUGAGGGAAAGAGAGAAAAGCAGUCGAUUAGACAGUCUGUAGGAUGCAACAUUUUAUUACACCAUUUUGUUAAAUAGGAAUACAUACACAUUUAUUUUGAACGUUGUAGAAUAUUGUAGUACAUUAUUACCUGCUGAUUGAGCUUAUGAAUUUAGUUCUUACCCUAGUGUGUAAACACACUCAUACACACGCAUACAUAUAUGGGUGUGCGUGUCUUUAUGUAUGUUCGCGUGAAAAUGUUACAUUGGGACAUAUAGUGUGCGAGACAGUCUGGCAGUGAAAGGCUAGAAUAUCAAGAUUUAUAUUAUAUUUUUCAAAUGCUACUCAUUCUAGUCCAUACACGAUGACACGUUGUCAUUUACUACAAAGUGCUUCUUCCUAUCAUUCAUGACAAUGUUAUCCAUCUGCCAGGCAAGAGAAGUACUGCAAUUCGUUUAGGGGAUUUUUUUUAGAAAUCCAUGGAGAGUACUGAUUUUUUUUAACAAAAGAGGUUAAAGUGGAGGGAGUAUUUCUGCCGGUAGAUUUUUCCAAACUUUACCUUGAAAUUCUUUUUCGCAUUUCAACACUGACAUCGCAGUGUCAGAACUGUCUCUUUCUUUUAAGUUCCCAAUUAUCAGUGACCAUACUUAAUAGAAAAGAAUGAGAUUUCGAAGGAAAACCACUUCUAUUCUAGUCAAAAGCCAUAUAAAAAACUUUGACUGAAGUAAGUGCAACAAUAAAUAUCACAGGGAAGAAAGAGGUAAAGGCUAUUUUUAUGAUGAUAAGCUAUUUUCUUAUGAAUAAGCAUGAGUUUACGCACUACAUUAUAAGAAUAUUGAACUGUUCGUUGUUUCUGUGUCUAUCCCUUUGUCUAUCCGACGCUAAUUACUGCCAAGGCAACUAAUAUUAGGCUUAAACAAUUUGUAGGUUUAUGUAUUUGAUUAUAAUACAGUGUUAAACGACUCAUUUCUAUAUCAAUCUAUAUGUGUAAACAAAAUGGUCAGUACACCAGUGGUCAGUAGCCAGAAUUAUUCCAGGAAUAGCCAUACAAUUGUAAUCCUUUGUUAUGAAGAAGUUGUCAAAUUUCAACCUGAA